AUGCAGCAGCGGAUUGAUGCGGUGGCCCCCAUUGUCCACGAACAUAUGGAGGAGGCUGAGGAGGCUCAGCAGGCCCAACAGCAAGCCUACAACUGGCCUGCCCAACCCCGGGAAUUCCAACUGAGAGAUCAUGUCCUGGUUUUGGUCCCCACAACCACCUGUAAGUUCCUGGCCACCUGGCAGGGUCCCUACACCAUUAGAGAGAAAGUGGGGCCCGUCAACUACCGUCUCGACCAACCCAAUGGGUUGAGCCGGCCCCCAGGCUAUCGGGUUCUCCCGUUCGGCCUGCAUGGGGCCCCGGCCACCUUCCAGCGUCUCAUGGAUGUGGUCCUAAGGCCGCUCCAGGCCUUUGCGGUGGCCUUUGCAGUGGCCUACCUGGAUGAUGUCAUCGUCCACUCGGAAACGUGGUCUGAGCAUUCUGAGACAUCUGAGGAGGGUAUUGAGUCUCACGGAGACUCACGGCCAACCCCAAGAAGUGCCACCUUGGGCUCACAGAGGCCCAGAAAGGCCAUCAUGCGGAGCCCAGAUUUCGACAGGGCAUUCCGGGUCCAGACAGACGCAUCCAAGCAGGGUCUCGGGGCGGUCCUUGUGCAGGAUUUUGAUGGAGAGGAGCACCCCGUCUUGUUCAUCAGCUGCAAGCUCACUCCUGCUGAACAACGCUACGUCACCCUGGAGUGGGAAGUCCUGGCCAUCAAAUGGGCCAACAAGGAGCUACGUUUUUACCUGACAGUGUCAGGUGGAACCAGACACUCACAGCAGAGGCUUGGGUUAAGAUCUUCCAUGCCAAAGGGGUUGUCCAAAAUCACAGUCAAUAAACCAAAGCAGGAAGUCAAAAACCACAAAACCAACACAGAACUACACGCCCAGUGGAAACAACACGGAGAGACUCCAGCACCAGCAGGCGGCGCUGACGCGGGUUACAGCGGCACAGGCCACACAGGAAGGAGGCGAAUCCAUCGGAUGGUGGAAAAAGUAAUGGAGUACCGCACACCUGCUGAAGGUAAUUCACAGGAUUCCUAUCAGUCAGGCCACUGGAAACCUCCAUUGGAUUACAGUGCGACCAGCACAAAGCCCCCCAAACAGCCAAUUAAUGUAAUGGAGUAUCAUUCACCUGCUGAGGUUAAUUCCCAGAAUUCAUAUCCGGCAACCCAGUGGAAACCUCCACCUCCAUUGGAUUACAGUGCUACCAGCUCAAAGUCUCCCAAACAGCAGGUAACCGAAAACAGCACUUCUGCUGAGAUGAGUUCAGCGGACGGCUUUCCAUCGUGCCAGUCAAAGAGUGUAAUGGAUAAUCAUGAACCUGCCAGUUCAGAGGCGCCUAAUCAACAGAAUGCAAGGAACACUCAGAACCCCUAUUCAGGAUUGAACAUUUAUUCCUCUGAAGACAGUGAUGAGGACGUUUGUACAUCAAGACUGAAGAAGACUAGAAGCAUACUGGAAGAGUUAUUUUCUGAGGAUUCAAACGAGCUAUUGGAUUCUGCUUCAGACAGCGGAAAGGAACUUCCUUCGAACUCUAAAGAUGAAAGUCGUGACAGCUGCUCAGAAGGUUGCAAGUCGCCCAAACCCAGCUCCAGUUCGAAGAGGAAGCCAAAGGCCAAUUUACGCAGCAACAAUAUCAAAACCAGAGGAGCUGUGGCUGUCAACAGAAGCCAAAGAAAAAUGGAUGGGAAGAGAGUGUAUAAUAAGAAACAUUAUUGCCUUUUUUGUUCGAAACCAUUUAGCAAGAUGGCGAGACAUCUGGAAGAUGUGCAUGCCAAAGAAGAAGAGGUUGCAAAAGCCCGUGGCUUUCCGAAGGGUUCAAAGGAGAGGAGACUACAGUUGGAUGAACUUCGUCUUCGGGGGAACUACAAACACAAUAUAGCCGUGCUGAAGUCAGGCAAAGGUGACCUGGUUCCUUGCAAACGGCCACGAGGAGUGGUCAAAGCCAGUGACUUCAUGCAUUGUGCACAUUGCCAAGGACUGUUCAACAAAAGGGUUCUAUGGAGGCAUAUGAAGGUCUGUAAACUAAGCCCUAAUAAAACAUAUGUUCCAAAACCUGGAAAGAACCGCACCUUGUCUAUUGUAGCAGCUUCACAGCCUGUGCCUGCUAAUGUAAGCCCAGCAUUAUGGACUAUAUUAAGCUUCAUGGUCCCUGAUGAAGUCACAGAUGCUGUCAAAAAUGACAAUUGCAUCCUUCAGAUGGGGGAAUAUUGGCUUAACAAAAGUGGUGCGCCUCAACAAAACCAGGGCUGCAUCAUCCGGCAGAAGUUACGAGAGCUGGGUAAACUGCUGGUCACCGGGAGGAAAGUUGCAUCACUGAAGAAGCUGGAGGAUUUCCUUGACCCAUACAACUGCAUGCAAGUUGUAGAAGCCGUGAGGCAGGCAUGUGAAUACAACAGUGAAACCAACACUUACAAAAUCCCAUCUUUGGCCAAGAAACUCUCAAUCUGGCUCGUCCAGCUUAGUCGACUCGUGAGGGCCAAAGUUGUGAUCCCAAAAGACAGUGGCUUGGCACAAAAGCUGCGGGACUUCCAAAAAAUCCAUGAGGAUAGAUGGAACGAUCUGCUCUGGACGUCGGUGGCAAAAAACACUGAGGAUGUAAAGUUCAAGACGCCCACGUUGUUGGCCUUCACGGAAGACGUCCAGAAACUUCACACCUUCUUGAACAAGACACAGGAUGAACGCAUGGCUCAGCUGACAGCGGACCCUUCUACAAAAUACUGGUCUGAUCUGGCAAAGGUCUGUCUGACUCAAGUUGUUCUGUUCAACCGCAGCAGAGAAGGGGAAGUGUCCAGCAUGACCCUGACCACGUUCUUGUCCAGGGACUCUGCUGAUCCCCCUACUGACAUAGACUGGGCCCUCACUGAAGUUGAGAAACAGCUGUGCAGACACUUCUACAAAAUAGUAAUCAGGCCUGAAGGUGCCCGUCCAGUGCCCAUCCUGCUCACCCUCAAAAUGCUUCGUGGCUUGCAGCUCCUGGCCGAGAAGCGAGAGGUUUGUGGAGUCCUCAAAGAGAAUCCUUACGUGUUUGCCCGGCCUUCAUCUAACACGCACUACAGAAGCUCGGAUUGUGUCCGUGUGGCUGCUUCAGCCUGUGGCGCAAAGGACGCUUACGCCCUCACUUGUGGAAAGCUGAGAAAGCGAAUUGCGACGCUGUCCACAGUCCUGAAUCUGGGGGAUCCAGAGAUAAACCAGUUGGCAAACUUUCUUGGGCAUGAGCUGAUCGUACAUGAGGAAUACUAUCCUUUGCCUGAGAGGACCCUGCAGUUGGCAAAGGUCUACAAGGUUCUUACAGCAAUGGAACAAGGGAGAAUGAUGGAGUUUAUGGGCAAGAACUUCUCUGACAUCAGUGUUCAGCCUAAUGAGGAGCUUGAGCUCUGCAAUGACAGAGGAAGGAAAAACUGGGAAUGCCCAGCACCCGGAGGUACGCAGAGUGUAAAUGAAAGUGCGGUAGAGGACACUGUACUGUGCAAUGUCACAGGUUCAAGUGCAUUUCCAGUCUCUCCUCCAGGCCAGAAAAGAAAGGAACAGAAGAAGAGGAAAACCUGGAGUAUGAGUGAAGUUCAGGCCGUGGAGAGACACAUGAAGGAUUUCAUCACUUCCUGUCGCGUUCCGGGCAAGACACCGUGUGAAAACUGCAUUAGGGCCGAACCUCUGGCCCUCAAGAACAGAGACUGGCAAAGCGUCAAGUUUUACGUCUACAACCGCAUUAUGGCUCAGAAGAGAGACGGAGGUCACAAAGUAUGAAGGAUUUUCUUUUCUCUCUUCCUUUUUACCAUUUUUACAACUUUGGAAAGCGAAAACUGCAUGUGCUGUCUCUAUAAGAUGUUCUGCCCAUGCGGCGUUGUGGGGGAGGUCAACUCGUCAACCUGCUAAGUGCGAACUGCUCUGAGCUAGCAGGGAAGAUUGGAGUUCAUUUCGACCCACUGGGAGAAACGAGUCCAUUUCUAGAGGUGGAUGGUCCUCUUAUGAACCCGAGACUACAAAGAGCGUUUGGCACCAUUGGGCCAUAAACUAAGCUUCUAAUUUUAGAGUUCAACUCUACAUUAGUCCAGCAGUGCACAUCUUACCCCAUUCACGUGAUACGAGUAGGGUGAUUGUGGCACAUGCUGGUCUGAAAUCAGCUUCCUCUUUUAUCCAGCAGCUGGUUAUGUUCCCCACCUUCCACUCUUUCGUACCCAGUUAAUGUACAUUUAUGCUCCUGUUCAUGCUUCUGUUCAUUCCAUGUUUCCCUGCUGUUUCCACAGAGCAGCAGAGAGUCUGCAGUGGGACUUUAUCCUCCGUCCGUGAGUUAGUCUGUAGGACGAUACUACACCACAAAGUGGCUAAUAAAGUCUAAAUCGGUCUGUGUGAUUUCAUUACAGCUUAUUUAGAGAUGUUUGUGUUGAUGGAUUGGUGUAAUAUUCAAACUUGUCAUAUGUGUCUGACGUUCAAUAAAAAAAUAUUGUUACUUCACUAAAA